ACUGGCAAGCUCGAAACCGGUAUGGGAAAACCAAGGGAAAAACGAACGACAUCACGAGAAUCUGGAUCAGUGUUAAUUUCGACUUCGUACCUUCACUCGGUGACUCGGACAUUAAUGUUUUUUUAGUAAUUGAGAGUUGAAUUAACUAUUGAGCGUUUUAAUUAAUAUUGCGAGUUCCCACAUUUUUUCAAAAUGAUCGACCCAGAAGCUUUCCUGGACCUUGCCAAUCAGGUCACCAAGUUAAAGAUGUGGCCAUAUUUUGAUAUUGCCCAUUGUAUAAUGGCCUGCUUGGCUGUUAGAGAAGAUUUGGGAACUGGAUCUAUCCCAUUUUCUAGGAAACACCCGAUAGCUUGCUGGCUGUCCACCAUGAUGGUGACUUUUGCUGGAGGUUUUCUGGCUGCCCUUUUCCUUGGUGAACCACUCCUGGAACCAUUCAGAAACACACAAUCUGUUUUGCUAGCUACUGCUGUCUGGUAUGCUAUGUUCUACUCACCAUUUGACAUUAUCUACAAACUGUCAAAGUUUCUCCCUAUCAAAAUAGUGAUUGCAGCCAUGAAAGAAGUGUACAGAUGUAAAAAAGUAUAUGAUGGAGUAAAUCAUGCUGCUAAACUAUUCCCUAAUGCUUGGAUGAUUUUGUUCAUUACUGGUUUAGUUAAAGGUAAUGGUGGAAGUUUCAUCAAAAUCUUGGAGCGCCUUGUCCGGGGUGUAUGGACUCCGACUGCCUUUGAAUUCCUGCAGCCGAGUUUCCCAACUAAGGCCUGUAUAGUAGCCUCAAUCAUCUUCGUUUUGGACAAGAAAACCGAGCUGAUCUCUGCCCCCCAUGCUUUGGUCUAUUUCGGAAUCGUUAUUUUCUUUGUUUAUUUCAAGUUAUCCUCUCUUUUGCUUGGAAUUCAUGAUCCGUUCAUUCCCUUCGAGAAUCUGUGUUGCGCAGUGUUUUUCGGAGGCAUAUGGGAUUCUAUGCAGCGCGCGGUUGGCGGUGGAAGCAAAAGUACCGAUCCUAACGCCAAGAAUGAAGUCCGAGCUACCGUCUCACACUGACAAGGAUCAAAUCGAGUUGCCAAUCCGUCUUCACUGUUUUUUGGUUUCCCCCCACUUCAAAUCUGUUAAAUCAGAUUACUGGAUUGAUCCGUCUUUUAUUUAUUGUCUUGUUUAUUUACAAAUAUUUUGCACUAAUUUCUUUGUGCACUUUACAGUUUUCUUUGAAUGAUUCUAAAUUUUGUUUUCAUAUUCUUUUAUAUCUAUGCAUGAUGAUUAGGAAAAUUUUGACUUUUAUUUCAAGCUAGUCGCCCUCUAAGUUAUGGUGUACUUUAAUUAAUUUUUGUUUUAAAGUUUGGUGCGAGAGGACUGAUUAAUGUAACAUAGUCGUAUUUGAUACCUGUAAAAGUGUGAAUCAUAAAGCCUUGACCCAAUAAAGCCACAUACCUAAAA